AAGUGGGAGCGGAGCCGGAGUCUUGGCCAUAAAGCCCGAGGCGGCGGCGGCGUUGGAGACUUGGACAGGCCCGGGAGUCCGCAGGAGCCUCGGCUUGGACCUCCCCGCGCGCCCGUCACCCCCCGUUUCCUCCUCGGCGGAGCCCUCGCGACGCGCCCGGCCCGGAGCCCAGCGAAGCGGCCGCGCUUGAAGGAUGACCUCGAGGAAGAAAGUGCUGUUGAAGGUGAUCAUCCUGGGAGACUCUGGAGUCGGGAAGACCUCGCUCAUGAACCAGUAUGUGAACAAGAAGUUCAGUAACCAGUACAAAGCCACAAUAGGGGCAGACUUCCUGACGAAGGAGGUGAUGGUGGAUGACAGGCUAGUGACCAUGCAGAUCUGGGACACGGCUGGACAGGAGCGGUUCCAGUCCCUGGGCGUGGCCUUCUACAGAGGCGCCGACUGCUGCGUUCUGGUGUUCGACGUGACCGCCCCCAACACCUUCAAGACCCUUGACAGCUGGAGAGACGAGUUUCUCAUCCAGGCCAGUCCCCGGGACCCCGAGAACUUCCCCUUUGUUGUGUUGGGAAACAAGAUUGAUCUCGAAAACAGACAGGUGGCCACCAAGCGGGCACAGGCCUGGUGCUACAGCAAAAACAACAUUCCCUACUUCGAGACCAGCGCCAAGGAGGCCAUCAACGUGGAGCAGGCCUUCCAGACGAUCGCCCGGAACGCGCUCAAGCAGGAAACCGAGGUGGAGCUGUACAACGAGUUCCCCGAGCCCAUCAAACUGGACAAGAACGACCGCACCAAGCCCGCGGCCGAGAGCUGCAGCUGCUGAGGGGGCGGGCGAGCGGAGCACGGAGCCCUCACGACCGAGAACACACGCAGGCCUUCUUCCACGAGCCCCCGUCUCCACACAGACAGUCAUCUCUCACCCCGCUGCCCGGAGAGCCCAGCACACCGCCGACCCCCGCACACGCCCGACAGACCCACCGCCCGCCCCCGGGCUCCAUGGCAGCAGGGCCGGCGGCAGACCCCCGCCUGGGGUGGAGUCUGCGUGGGAAGCUUCUUCCUUUUGUCCACUGGAGAGAGAACUGUUUACAGUUAAUCUGUGUCUAAUUAGUUCUGAUUUUUUUAACCGUCUUGUGGUCUUUUUACCCCCACUCCUGUGAAGGCCGCCACGUGGGAAGGCUGGUGCCCUGCGCUCCAUCACAGGCUCACACCCAGUCUGAUCAGGCUGAGUUUUGUAUGUAUCUGUUAAUGCUUGUUACUUUUAACUAAUCAGAUCUUUUUACAGUAUCCAUUUAUUAUGUAAUGCUUCGUAGAAAAGAAUCUUAUAGUACAUGUUAAUAUAUGCAACCAAUUAAAAUGUAUAAAUCAGUGUAAGAAA